UCUGAAUUGCAAAUGCUACUAGGUUUUGCUGGGAGAAAUAAGACUGGAAGAAAAACUGAAUUGCAACAACGAGCUAUUGACCUUUUACGUGUUCGUUCACAACCCAUCCAGCAGAAAAUCAGAGACUUGUAUAAAACAAUACAUGUUGGAAACAUAUUUAUGUGAUGACCAGUGAAAGCAGCCCUUUCAUGGGUAUUGAUAUCAUAAGUAAAUCGUCAAAACAUACAAAAUUUUUGACUGGAAAAUGUGGCUGGAGUUAUAAUGAAUCAAGACAAUCUACAAAAUAUGACACGACCAUCAAGAGCAGCUAAGGCCGAAUGUAUUAGAAAAAUGACUGACACUUAUCAUAUUGAGCACUCAGGAGUUAUGCGAUCAUAUAAUUCUCUGCAACAAGCAGCAGAGAUAAUUCGACAAAGGGAGCAACAAAUAGCAAGACAACAAGCAACCCACAGGCAAGCUUCUAAAACUUCACAGCAGGAAAAAGUGUACUUGGGAAAUACACGUCAAUAUGGAACUCAGCAACAAUCUACCAAGAACAAGCAAUUGAAUAGGGGUCAAACAAUAAGGCAAAACGGACCUUUGACUAGUGUACCUGCAUCAUCUCAAUCCCCUGGAACUACUGAACUAGGAAACGGCACCAUGCCUCAGCAACAAGGAGGUGUACCCCGCACAACAGCAACUGUUCAUCCUUAUGUAAAUAAUCAAAUGGCUUCUCGUCAACCUCCAAUUUAUAAUCAGACUUAUCUUACACAAUUUGCACCACAAUAUACUGCACAAAGGCCUCAGCAAGGUUUGAUCAACCAUAACUAUCCCAUCCACCCAGAUGUAAAUUUCAAAAGGUUGCCAUUCUUUGAUGUCAUCAGCGAGUUGUUGAAGCCAUCUACACUAAUUCCUCAAAGUAACCAAAGAAUGCAAGAAGGGAGUUUUUAUUUUCAUCUCACUCCUCAACAAGCAACUGACAUAGCAGUUUCUAGAGAUAUCAGGCCAGGAGUGAAAAUAGACUAUGUAAAACAAGUGCAAAUGAGGUUCUGUCUUCUAGAAACAACAUGUGAACAAGAAGAUUUUUUCCCACCAAGUAUCGCCGUUAAAGUUAAUAACAAGCAUACCCAAUUACCUAAUCCCAUUCCCACAAACAAACCAGGCGUAGAGCCAAAAAGACCCCCCAAACCUGUUAAUAUUACUUCCCUGGUGAAAUUGAGUCCGACUGUUCCCAACCAAAUAACAGUUAACUGGGCUGCAGAAUAUGGCAGGGGUUAUGCAAUCACAGUUGCAUUGGUUCACAAGUUAUCCUCACAUGAUCUAUUGAUGAGAUUGAAACAAAAAGGCGCCAAACAUUCUGAUUAUACAAGAGGAUUGAUAAAAGAAAAACUGAAUGACGAUGACAGUGAAAUAGCUACUACUUCCCUGAAAGUAUCUCUGAUGUGCCCCCUGGGGAAAAUGAGGAUGACAACACCCUGUCGUCCAAUAACUUGUUCCCAUUUUCAAUGCUUUGAUGCUUACCUGUUUUUACAAAUGAAUGAGAGGAAGCCAACUUGGAUUUGUCCAGUUUGUGAUAAGCCUGCCCUUUAUGACAAUUUAGUGAUUGAUGGGUAUUUCCAAGAUGUACUUACAUCCAACAAUUUACCCUCGGAAGUGAAUGAAAUUCAGCUUCAUAAAGAUGGAUCUUGGAGUACACAAAGUAAAGAAGAGAAAAAAUCUCAGAAAAUUGAUAAAGCACCCGAAAUAGAUGUUUCUAUUGAAAUAAUAAAUGAUGAUGUUGAAUAUGUGAGUACCAAUGUUACAACUUCUACAGAACCUAACAAGGAAUUAAAGGAAGAACCUAAAAAAGAUAUUGUAGACUUAACUUUAUCAGAUUCUGAUGAUGAUGAGCCAUUAGCAAAAAGACGAGCCAUUAAUCCAAAACCAGACUCCACUAUUAAAUUCUCAGAUACAACAAGUAUUUCAUCUAAUAGUAACCAAUCUCGCAUGACGAAUACACCUGGUCCUUCUUCAGUUUCAAGUUCUGGUUACCCACCCAGUCCAGCUAUAAUUUCUCUGGAUAGCCCUUCUCCUCCUAGAUCGCCACAAGUUAUACCACAAAACCAACAAGCCUCGUCUUGCAUGAUGCAGUCUACUAAUGGUACAUUAAAUCAGCAGUCAUCAAUGUAUAAUCCACAUAUGCCAUUUCUAGAUCUUGAAGGGGAAACAAACAACACAAAUGUUAGCAGCUAUCAUCAUUUUUAAGUUAAGUGUGAUGAAUGAGACUGGAUUUAUUAGGACCAAAGGACAAUUGAUUGUGAAAUGGAAAGAUGAACACCGAAGUCCCUGUGUACAGUACUUCAAUUAAUUUAUUUUGGAUUUAGAAGAGUUUAAUAUUUUUUUAAGAAAUUAAGUUUUUUAAGUCUCAAAGUUCCCAUUAAUAUUCAGUUCAUUUCAUAAUGAAGGCAAAAAUACUUGAAAAUUAUGCAUAGGUAUGACGUGAAAUAAUAUUUUUCCUUCAUUUGAAAUACCAUUCCAAGUGUUGUGAAGCAUCUUUUUAUGUAGAUAUCACCUAAUUUAAAAUUGUGUUUCAUAUUAUCAUUUUUAUAAUGAAUAAAUUCAAAAGAAAUUAUGUAUUCAAUAAUGUUUUGUUAUUUUUAUAGUAAUUGAAGCAACUGAUUUGUAAAGAAGUUUUACAGAAUGAAAAGGAUGGCAUGCCAAAACAGGCUUAUCCUAAGGAUAUUUUUAUAUUCAAAUAUAGAUCGAAUAUAUUAUAAAGAGUGAAAUUAAUUUCACAUAUCAAGUUAAGAGUAACAAACUUCUAGAUGCAUGUUAUGCUUAUGGAAUGUUUAAAAUUAUAUAUUUGCAUACAAUUUUUUUAUUCUAAAGAUUAUUAUGAAAUGUAAUUUCUUUCAAAUGACAGAACUGUGCUCGUUAAUUUUUUUUUUUAACUAAUGUGUCCAAUAAUAUGAAUAUUUUAAAUCAUUCAAUAUCUAAAUAAGUGUUAGAAUGCUAGUUCAAAUUUCAUGUGUAAUAUUACUUUUUGUGGGUAUAAAAUAAGAAUAAUUAGAUCAUGAAUCAUGUUUUUGAAGAAUAUAAACAUAAAUUUAUUGAUGUCCAUAUUUGUUGUUUAAAAUAAAACUGGUUUUGCAAUA